AUGGAUUCAUUCGACCUGGAGCUCGUUGCUCCCUCUACGCACCAUAUCAACCGUUUACGCGGUGAAAAAGGCGAACUCGCGACACUUUCUGGUCAUGCCAUAAUAUCAGCAGAUUCAAAUUUAUCAUUCCCACCUUGCCAAUCAGUUCAUGUUCGACUUGUUCAAACUGUGAAAUCUACAUACGACAAGAGCUGCUGCACGAAGGCCACCAAUCGACGGUUCUCUUUUGAAAAAACCCGCCUCUUUUGCCCUUCGUUCUUCAGCCCGACAGCCAGCCCUUCCCAAGCUACACGUACGGAUGAACAAGCUGUCGAAAUUGCCUCGCUGCCUUGCUCCUUGGAAGGAACCCCUAAGGAACAUUCAGGGAGGAUCAUUUCGAAAUACUAUUUUUCUUUGGAAGUCCCAGCAAUUAUACCCACAACCACAGAGACGCCACUGGGGUCUGUCACAUAUAAGUUAAUUGCUUCGGCUACAGCUGCAGACCGCGAGCCUGCUAUCAAGAGUCAAUCUGUUAAACUCUGCCGUCAAGCCGACUCGCAAACCUCCCACCUGAUCCGAACUGCGUUGGAAUUUCCUCUCUCAAAGUUGAUACUGGGAAUGACCCUCACACAACAAUCCACUCCAAGAUCUGAACCAACACUUUCAUUUACGGCUACCAUCUCCCCUCGCUGGCAAACCUAUCCAGGCCAGCGAACCACAGAGAUUAAACAUCUCGUGGUACGGGAACUGAGAUGGUAUGCGGAGGAAAUAGUCAAGGUGAUGAGCCAACCUGCUGAUGGUUCAAGUAAUAAAUACUCCAUUUGCAAGAGUGAAAAGGUCAGAAAGUUGUGUAAGGGCAAUAUUAAGGGGUACUGGGGGUCUGAUCAGAACCCCUACAUCAAGCAACCUCUUACCAUCACACAAGACGAAGACAAACAUGUGCUUAUACCCAUUCAAUUCGCCAUCAGAAAUCCCAGACAUGCGGCCAUGAUUGAUGACGUCGAUUUGGAAUCUUAUGAGUUUGGUGCUGCCGACGAUGUGUGCCCUCCACCUUAUAGUCCCUCUGACCAGGGGUUUCACAUGGAAGCAAAAAGGGCAAUCAUCGUUCAGCAUCAAUUGAAGUUUGAAAUCAUUACAGGAGAAGAUACAUUUGCCAUAAAGACCGAAAAGCUGGUGGAAAGGAAGCCUCUUCAGACUACUGUUUGCCCUGCUUUCCCUUUUACUGUUUGUGGGUAUCUAGAUAGUCAGCAGACGCAAUAA